GCGGUGCCGGUGCCGGUUCCGGUGCCGGGGCAGUCCCGCUGCUGGGGCGGUCCCGGGGCGGUCCCGGGGCUCUCUCGGCUCGCCCCCGUCACAUGAUCCGGAGCCCUCGGGAAGGGCGGCGCACGGCGGGGCCAUGGCGGUCGAGGGGGGGAUGAAGUGCGUGAAGUUCUUGGUUUUCUUCUUCAGCUUCGUCUUCUGGCUCUGCGGCGCCGCGCUGGUGGCCGUCGGUUGCUCGGCGCUGCUGGGGCCGGGCCGGGCCCCGCUGGUCCCGGGGGGCGGCGCGGGCUGGAGCCCCGCGGCCGUGCUGGGGCUGGGGGUGCUCAUCUUCCUCACCGCCUUCCUCGGCUGCUGCGGCGCCUGGCGGGAGAGCCACUGCAUGGUCACCACGUUUGCCGUCCUGCUCAGCCUCAUCUUCCUGGUGCAACUGGCCGCCGCCGUCACCGGCUACGUCUUCAGGCACAAGGUACACGGGCUGGUGGAGGAGGGGCUGUGGCGGGCGCUGAGGAGCUACGAGGAGGACGCGGCGCUCAGAGCCACCCUGGACAGCUUCCAGCAGGAGCUGUCCUGCUGCGGGGUGAACAACUACACGGACUGGGCCAGCGUGGGCAGCUUCGGUGCCAACGACUCCGUGCCCAGCUCCUGCUGCCGCCAGCCCAGCGCCGCCUGCAACCUCCACCCCACGCCCGCCACCGUGUUCGCCAAGGGCUGCCUGCCGAGCCUCGAGGCCUGGGUCAGGAGGAACCUGGUGGUGCUGGCGGCCGUGGCGCUGGGCGUCGCCUUCUUCGAGGUCCUGGGCGUUGUCUUCUCCUGCUGCCUCAUGCGGGGGAUCCGCAGCGGCUACGAGGUCAUGUAGCCCCCCCUCAAAUUCCUGACCCCCCCCGGGGGUCCUGGGGGGUCCCCAUGUGCCAACCCCCCCCCCUCGGGGGUCCUGGGGGGCUCCGGGGGACCCCCGAGUUUGCAAUAAAGAGGAAAAGCUGGA